ACAUCUCUCUUCGCACAUAUUCGCGAGCUCGUCACAUAGUUUUUUUUUUCAUAGCUGGCACAUAAUAAUAUUUUGGCAUUUGUAACUGCAAUUAUUAAUUAAAUAGAGAUCAACCAGUUACAAGUGUGAGAUGAGCGAGACUAUUAAUACCGCGGUCCAGUUUCCGACCUUCGAGAAACCGACCGUACAGUUCAAUGAAAAGGGUUGGGGGCCAUGCGAGUUGCCGGACACGUUUAAGGAUGUGCCGUAUCAGCCGUUCAGCAAGAACGAUCGCCUAGGCAAGAUCUGUGACUGGACAAGCACCUCCAACAAUGACAAGAAGUAUCAAAACAAGUAUGCUUCUACGUUUGGUACUGGAAAUCAAUAUGCUUACUACCAUGAGGAGGACGAGACGACGUUCCAUCUGGUGGACACGGCACGCGUCCAGAAGCCACCGCAUCAACGCGGACGCUUCCGCAACAUGCGAAACUCGCGUUCGGGACGCGGUCGCAAUGCACGCGGCGGUCUUAAUACGCACGGUCAUGGUAUGACCACUUUAAGCAGCAAGAAUGUCAAGGCCCGUGAUCCGAGACGCGGAGUGGGCAAACGAUUUGGCAACCGUGGUCCUCCACCGAAAAUGCGUGAGUCGUCGGUUGCCGUGCGUGCUGACUGGGCGUCCAUUGAAGAGAUGGACUUUCCUCGUCUUAUCAAGCUUUCGCUGCCGAACAUCAAGGAGGGCGAAGAUAUUACCACUUGCGGCACGCUCGAGUACUACGACAAGACGUACGAUCGCAUUAACGUGAAGAACGAGAAGCCGCUUCAGAAGAUUGAUCGCAUUGUGCACACGGUAACCACCACUGACGAUCCCGUCAUUCGUCGUCUGUCCAAGACGGUUGGCAACGUCUUUGCGACCGAUGCGAUUUUGGCUACUAUUAUGUGCUCGACACGUUCCAACUACUCCUGGGAUAUUGUUAUCGAGAAAGUUGGCGAUAAGAUCUUCAUGGACAAGCGCGACCAUACGGAAUUCGAUCUGUUGACGGUGAAUGAGACCAGCGUGGAGCCACCUACUGAUGAUGACAGCUCGUGCAACUCACCGCGCAAUCUGGCUAUUGAAGCUACCUUCAUAAAUCAUAACUUCAGCCAGCAAGUGCUCAAGACCGGCGACCAGGAAGCCAAAUAUAAGUUUGAGGAAACCAAUCCCUUUAUCAGCGAGGACGAGGAUAUACAGGUGGCUAGCGUUGGUUAUCGCUACAAGAAAUGGGAGUUGGGCAGCGAUAUUGUUUUGGUGGCGAGGUGCGAGCAUGACGGUGUGCUUCAAACGCCCAGCGGAGAGCCCCAGUUCAUGUCCAUCAAGGCACUGAACGAAUGGGACUCUAAGCUGGCCAAUGGUGUCGAAUGGCGCCAAAAGCUGGACACCCAACGUGGCGCUGUGUUGGCCAACGAGUUGAGAAACAAUGCGUGCAAGCUGGCCAAGUGGACGGUGCAAGCUGUGCUGGCAGGAUCCGAUCAGUUGAAAUUGGGCUAUGUGUCACGUAUUAAUCCCCGCGAUCAUUCUCGUCAUGUCAUUUUGGGCACUCAGCAGUUUAAGCCACACGAGUUCGCCACACAGAUCAAUCUGAGCAUGGACAACGCUUGGGGCAUUCUACGUUGCAUCAUUGACCUGGUGAUGAAGCAAAAGGAUGGCAAAUACCUGAUCAUGAAGGAUCCCAACAAGCCAAUUAUUCGCUUGUAUGAUAUACCCGAUAACACAUUCGAUUCGGAUGAUUCGGACGAUGGCGAGGGCGAUGAUGGUGAAGGUUUCCAGCAGGUCUACAACUAUGCCAACAACAGCAACAAGAUUUAGUUCUACUUUUAUAUCUGUGCACUUUAUAACGUUAUAGACACAUAUACACACACUCGUAUAAUCAUAAAAAACCGGUUAAACAAUGCCAAAUCACAAUAUUAAUAUUGAUCGUGGUGGCAUUUGUUAUAAUCAUUUGAUUUGUUUGCAAUUACAACUGGUUCCGAGUAAAGCACAGAAUGGAAAUAGA